GCUGCUUUUUGCCCACCAGAGGAAACGCUUAUGUGAUGGGUUUUUGGAGCGGAGCCCAGCACUGCUCUCCUGCUUCGACUGGGAAACGGGCUAACGGUGAAGUUUGCCUCGAAAACAGCGGGGAAAUAAAGGGAAACGACUUUGACUUGGAUUAAAAACCACUUCUUGGACUUGUCUUUCUUCUUUUUCUUGUGGUCUGAAACAUGCUAGCGCUCACACACGGAUUGUACAUGUUGCCCGGUUGAUGGCUUUACUUGUGGAUUGUGCUUCUCCUCUUUUGCCGGAUUUGGAGUUAUUUGCCCCACAUUUAGGUCAAAUGACCGUCUAAUGUCCGAGCUGCGUGUGACGAGCCAUACUGUGACAUGGGUAAAACCGGACUCUACAGCCUCCUCUACUUCAUCCUCCACUCACCUUUUAUCAUCUGUGCACAUGCCGCAUUUACCGAGGUCCCUAAAGAUGUGAGCGUGGGGGAGGGUGAGGACGUGGAGAUGCCCUGCGCCUUCAAGGCUGUCAGCGCGGCACCGAUGGCUCUGGAGAUCCAGUGGUGGUACCUGAAGGAGGAGCAGCCGGAGGAAUUGCCUGAAGAGCUGCAGAUCAGUUCACCGGCCAGCAGAGCCAAGAUUGUUCCAAGGGAGGCCACGAAAAUAAGUACGGUGCGCGUCCAGGGUAAUGCCAUCUCGCACCGCCUCAGUCUGUCUAAAGUGAAGAAGGAGGAUGAGGGAAUCUAUGAGUGCCGCGUGUCCGACCUGUGGGCCGACGAGACUCAGGAAUUUACCGUGCACGCCACUCUCCGAGUCACCCGCGCAGAUGCCAUGGUGGCAGAAGAGGCCGUGUCCCACAUCCAGAACCGCUGGCCCCUCCGGAAUACCAACGCAGGGCUGGGAGCAGGGGGAGGAGUACCCGGAGGUGGAGCUGGCAGGGCCACCUCGGAGCCCAGCCCAGGGGGACCUGGAGGGCAGAGAGCAGGAGGAGCCAGGGGCAAAGGGCCACAACAGGCGCAACCGGGCCUCCUGCCCUCCAUCUCCUCCACCACCGCCGCCACAGGGGUGAAGUCGGCUGCUGCCUCUCCUCUGCCAGGCUCUGCAGCACUCUGGCAGCAGCUCGGAGUCGGCUGCAGCAUCCUGAGCUCGAUGGACCCCCUGCUGUGCAUCACCCUCCUGUUCCUGCAUAACCUGCUCCCGUUCCUGUUGGCCCACUGAAGACAUUUCAACCAAAAUUCAACCGACAACCUACCCGCCCGACUACCACUCUCUCACUCUCUCAAAAAACCAAAAUGCCAAACGAGCAGCCGGUGGGGUCAGGGGGAUCGGGUUUCACAUCUUAUAUACUCGCCACACAUCACCGCAGGGAGUGACGGCGAUGCAACCGGCACCCGAAACUUCAAGAGAGUUUGAAAAUUAUCGAAUGGACUUAAAUAAAGAUUGAACACUGACUUUUUGGACUCUAUAGGAGCUCGUGCGGACGUUUUGGGAGAAAGAAUACAAAAAAAAAAAGCAGGAUUACGGGAUGCACAUUGGCCAGGCGGAGCGCUGCCUCUACUCUGCAUAGCACCGGCUUCACGCAUGGCCCUCCUCAUAUUACUAGGUCACCGCCAUGUUUGUUUUUUUUUCGAAAGCAUCUCCACUGUGAAUCCUGCUUUUAACCAACACCAGUCACUUUAAUAAUGUGAGCCCUUCGGUUGGUUCGAGACAUCUGUUUUAUGAGAAAAAAAAUAAAGUGUGAUCUCAGUGUUAUGUUUUUGCUUUUAACGGAGAGGAGGUUUUGGAACAUUCGCAUUAUACGGAGGUGAAAUUAUUCAGGCUGUGUUGGUCUAAUGUACUUUUUGUCCACCCCGUAGAUGAAAACGACAGUGGAAGAAUAGUGGGGCUGCAUGUGGGAAGUGUGAAGAGGCUUGAGCAAAAAUAAAGAUUGGUGAUGAAAGAGUGAAGUUUAAUUGGACACAUUUCAACAGGAAGGGAGAGCUGGUCAAUAGUGCACAGAUGGAAACAUUUAUUCAAUAUGGUGUUUUUCCAAGGCUGAAAAAAAUAUUUGUAUACAAAAUGUUAGGUCAACUGAUACUAAACUUUCAGCAUGUGGUCACUGUGGCAUUGCAGUUUAAAGAAGAAAUAAAGUUAUCUAAUGAGUCGCAAUGGAAUAGUGGGUUGGGUGUUAUUCCACCAGUGUAACAGUCAGAGAUUCAGGUCCAAACUUGCCAUACGGACGUUAGGCUAGCUAGACAGUCGUUGGACUAGCUUUACACUUUACCCACAUUGCUCACUUCAGUUGUGGUAACGUGGCUGGCAGUAUCUGGAUGGGUCAUCGGGCAUACAAUAAAUUAGACGUACAUUUAUAUAUAUUAUUUCCAAUUAUAAAUACAUUCAUAAGGGAAAAAAUUAAUAUGAACUAUAGAGGAAAAUUCAGAUCUAAAAAUGUGCCAUUGCGAGUUUAACAUUGCAUCCAUACAGGGCUAUAUUGUAUCUAUAAGAGAGACCUGAUGCCUUGGUGGUGGUCCGCACUUUCUGAGCAAGUCUUAAUGUGUAGCACUACAGUUGAAAUGCUCCUCUACAUUAAAUAUGCAUAUGUUUUAAUCCUCUAAAUUACAAUUGCCUAUUCUGAUAUGGAGUCGAUUUCAUCUUACUAAUAAAUUAUGUUUUUGUCUUUACUGAGCGCAACAUUUUGUAACCCUUUACUUUUAAAAUGUAUAGCCUCAAAGUCAUUUGCAUGAUUCCUUGAUAUAUAUUAAAAAACAAUCCGAUUGCCACUUAAAAACUUCAGUAUGUAACUCAAAGUGUGCAAUUUUGAAAAAAAACUUUAUGUCCUAUCAUUUAACUUAUUUUCAUAUAAAAAGAGUUACACAAUGUUGCUCUGAGAAUAGGCCUACAGUAUUGGUUAAGCUUCUGCCCUGAUUAAAAACAUUAUAAUUGGCAACAAGUGAAUAUCUUUUGCCAUAAAUUAAUUAGUGAAGUAUCCACUAUUGUUCCACUGUCGUCUGUCCACUCCACGGAGCCAACACAUUUGUCUCAUGGCUGUGUUCCAUCAUGUAAACACUGAAUAAGCUGAUCUAUUUUGAUUAAGAUAAGGCACACCUGACCAUUGUUGUUGUUUAUCACCUCCAAUGAUGUUUAUUUUUAUUAAAUCGAUGGUGAUCAAAGUGAAGACAUUUCAUUUCUACCAGACAAAUAGAUUUAUUGGUAUCUCGCCAGCUGCGGUUCAG